AUGACCGCCGCGGUGGACAAGAAAAGCAUCAGACUGUCGGUAUCGUCGCGGUGGUAUACGGUGCCAUUGGGCGCUGUUGCGGUUGGGGCAAUAAUUGGAUUAAACCGAGGAGCCAAGCUGGCUUCGCUUAGGUUCCUGGCGGAGAAUGCACACCGAACUCCAACGACGCAAAAAGGAUGGUACUACUACCAUAAAACAAAAAAUUAUCGGGUCAUACUAGGGGCUCUACGUGGCGCGGGGAGAGACGGAGGGUAUCUUGGCCUGGUCUCGCUGGGGUGGGUGACUAUUGAAGAGGGCCUGGAAAGAGUGGGCUGGGGCAGAAUUGCAAUGACUGGGGCCGGAGUAGGCACAGCCGGUAUUGUUUGCGGUCUUUAUGGAGCUGGUGUUAGGUCGAGCAUCGCGUUAGGAUUAGCGGGAGGGGGUUUCUUGGAUGCGAUACGAACUUUCCUUGUCUUAUCCUCCCAUCGUCAUCGUUGUCCACUUCGUUCUGCCCUCCCCAGAAUGCUACAAUUCUGGCCCUCCACUCCGCUAGACCAGCUGACGCCUAGAGCGUCAGCGCAAGAAACAAACCCGUUUGACGUGAUGCCUAACCACCCGCCUCGGUCUCCUACUGCCUACCAUCAUCUUUUGAAGACUCCCACUGGAGGAGCAGAAACACCGAUAGCAUCUCCGUCGACCGGGUUCGUUUCGGCCCUGCCCACCACUUCCGUUACACUCUCUGCCCCCAUAUUUUCAAUGCCCAAAGCACCACCCGCCAAACGCUCUGUUGCUCCCUCUUCUUCCGCAACUUCAUCCUCCCCUUCUGGCUCGUCAUCCAAGGGCCAGAUUCACGUCAAGUUAAUACAGGCCCGGGCUCUCAACGUCCGUUCGACAGCCAAACCCUAUGUCGUUGUCCAAUUCGAGCAAAAUGAGUUUGUCAGCCGCGACCCGACUGGAGAAUCGGACAAGGAGAUCAAAGGCACUCCUACUUCCCUCAACACAUCGUCCGCCAUGACUGCUCUCAACGACAUCGGGACCAAGGCUGCUGCUGCCGAGGCUAACAGGCGAGGAAGUCGGGGCAGUGCGAAAAGUAACAACUCCUCGCCCGCAUCUUCUGUAAAACCAACCUCUACCUUAUCCAAUGGCCUAUUUGGCUCCAUCUCUGCUACCAACCCAGUCUGGAAGCAUGAAGUAUCAUUCGAUGUUACCUCCGAAGCAUCUGUAAUCACUUUCAACGUCUACGACCGCUCUGCCCUUGAGCACGGUUUCUUGGGGACUGUCCAAAUCAAACCUGUUCUGAUACACGACCACACGGUUGACCAAUGGUACAAGCUCCUCCCAUUCGAAAACGAGGUUGUAAGCGGUGAGAUGCGUGUCCAGAUAACAUAUGAGCAAAAUCGAACCAAGCGAGCGUUGACCCCACGGGAUUUCGAAUUCCUCAAGCUUAUUGGCCGCGGAACAUUCGGGAAAGUCUUCCAAGUGAGGAAACGCGAUACCAAACGAAUAUACGCCAUGAAGGUCCUUUCCAAGAAGGAAAUUGUCGCCAAAAAGGAGGUUGCACACACAAUCGGCGAACGCAAAAUUCUACAAAAGUCCCUCGAAUCACCCUUCCUCGUCGGGCUGAAAUUUAGCUUCCAGACGGACACAGACUUGUACCUCAUCACCGACUUUAAGAGUGGAGGCGAGUUGUUCUGGCAUUUGCAACGGGAAACGAGGUUCACGGAAGAGCGUGCGCGGUUCUACAUUGCUGAGCUCAUUCUGGCCCUUGAGCAUCUCCACAAGUAUGACAUUGUGUAUCGCGAUCUUAAACCAGAAAACAUCCUCCUCGACGCCACGGGUCAUGUUGCACUCUGUGAUUUCGGUUUAUCUAAGGCCGAUCUCCGGUCCGACCAACUCACGACUACUUUCUGUGGCACAACAGAGUAUCUGGCUCCAGAAAUGCUCCUCGACGAGCUUGGCUACUCCAAGCUCGUCGACUUCUGGUCACUGGGUGUGCUGCUAUUCGAAAUGUGUUGUGGCUGGAGCCCAUUCUACGCUGAGGAUACGCAGCAGAUGUACAAGAACAUCUGCUUCGGCAAGAUCCGGUUCCCGAAGGGUGCGAUUAACGAGGACGGGAAGCAGUUCGUGAAAUGCCUUCUGAACCGUAAUCCAAAGCUCCGUUUAGGUGCCCAGCGUGACGCCGAAGAACUGAAAGAGCAUCCUUUCUUUGCCUCUCUAGACUGGGACGCGCUUGCCCGGAAGCAGGUCACGCCCCCGUUCAAGCCAAUUGUCGAGUCAGACGAAUCGACUGCCAACUUUGACGAAGCGUUCACCUCUGCUGAUCUUCACGAAGUUGGCAUUGACGGUAUGGAUAUCGAUGAGAACGACCCUUCUGAAGACUGGGUACUCGCUGGGUCGCUAAGCCAACACCAUCAGCCAAACGGGCCCCUCGGGAGCGAACGGGAGGGACAUUCCGCGUCUGCCAGUCCGACACCGGGACAAAACGGAGCGUCGCUAUCGCGGCAGAGUUCGACGAAUAGAAAUGGGAACGGAACUGGGCCGCGGCCCAAGGCGGCGGGGAUCGACAUCAAGCCCAAGAAGAAGAAGGUGGAGGCGGCGGGGAGCCCGCUUACCAACAGUGUGCAGGAGAAUUUCCGUGGGUUUACGUAUUCAGGAGGGGAGAGCGUGACUGCGCCUGGGGGUAUUCUUGCCAUGCGGGCAGCGACCAAGACACCUGACUCGGGCGAGGACAGCACAAAUAAUACUGAGGACGAGUUUGAGGACCCAUCGAAGCCCGCUGGACGCUAUGCCCAUAAGCGUAGGAAAGGACUGGGGUUUACUGGCCUCGAAGAUGAAUUUUGA